AUGGGACAGUUUUCUUCCAGUAUUGCACCUCCACCAAGCAGAAUAUGUAGCACACCAUCGGUAAUUGACAUUAAAAAACUUCUCCAAAAACCUCUCCACAAAUUAACAAAUCUCGAACUAGUUGUUUUGUGUAAACAUUACAAAUUCGAAAGUGAGAAAGUAAAACAAGCUCUGGAGAAGAAUGCCAAAUUUAAUGGAGCAGAUUAUGAUAAACUUUGUAAAAUGAAAACAAAGGAAGAGAUUGAAGUGGAGAAGGAAAGAUUGAUCGAUGUUGUGAAUAAGUAUGUAAAUGAUGAAGGAGAAUCCAAGUUCUUUGUUUAUCAAGUUGUGAUUGCAAAGUUUGAGGAUGAGAGAAAGUUAUUCUUCAUGAAAGAAGACAAAAGUGUUUCAUCAAAUAGCGAAUCUGAAAGUGAAGUGCAUUCCAAUAAUCCAACCACUACAAGUACUUUCCUAAAGUUAUGUAAUAAUAGUACUAGGCCAUAUGUUAACUCUGAAUCUUCUGGUGUAGAGAAUGAAAAUCAAGAAUAUGAUGUUCAAAUUCCAAUAGAAAGCUGGAGAUUAUCACAAGCCGAAUUUAAAGGAGUUGAGCUAGCCAAGAAAAAGAUUAGAGCAUACCUUAAAGAAUUCAACACUACACCAGAGAAGCUUGGAUAUAGUGAAAGUUUAGAUUUGGAAGCUCAAAGAUAUGUCUGUGAAGACAGAUUCAUGCAUUUUCACUUUGUUCGUCCUACAAUGAAGAAAAAUUCAAGAAUUGUUUCCAAUAUUCCAGCAGUUGUGAGCGUCAAGUUGUUGGUUUCAUCUUUAAGAAAACACGAAUUAACCAAGAAGGCAAUGGCUACAUUCGCAGACAUUCUUAAUGUAAAUAAUUAUGGAGUUGUUCACACAGGGAUCUUAAUUGGAGAAUGGAAAAUUGAAUGGAAUGAUAAUUCAUUGGUGAGAGUUGAGUGCGAUUCUGACCAGAAACUUGAUGCUAAUAAUACAAUUGCAGCCAUUGAUAUUGGAGAAAUUGCUGGAGCUGACAAUGUCAAGAAGGCAUUCGAAUUGAUUACAAAAAUUUCAUGCAAUUACAAUGCAACCAAGAAUUAUCUUAGUAGUACCGUUUGGUGGUUUA